GAGCGGCUCUCCCACCCCGCCGCGGCCCCCUCGCCCGCUGCCGCCGCUGGGGCUGGCGGAGGCGCCCGGCUGCGGCCCCGGGGGCGCCGCCUUCUCUCCGCCGGGGACGCGCGGCCGAGGCGGCUCCCGAGCAGAGGCCGUGGCCUAGGGCCGCCGGCGCGGCGCCCCGCGGGGGUGCGGGCAGGCGCGGGAUGCGCAGCGGCGGCGCCGGGGCCUCUGCCUGCCGCCACUGAGCCCCGCGGCCAACGCGGAUGCGGCCCCGGCGGCGCCUCGGCCAGGCCCGCCCCCACCUGCGCCCGGAGCCGCCGCCGCGCCCCGCGUAGCCCCGGCCCUCGGCUGCCCGGUGGCAGAUCCUCGCGUAGGCCCGGCCCGGGCCUCUCCUCCCCGCGGUGAAAGAGGAGGCAUGUCCGCUGCCGCCUCCGCUGAAAUGAUUGAAACCCCCCCGGUCCUCAACUUCGAAGAAAUCGACUACAAAGAGAUCGAGGUGGAAGAGGUUGUUGGAAGAGGAGCCUUUGGUGUGGUCUGCAAGGCAAAAUGGCGAGCUAAAGAUGUAGCCAUUAAACAAAUAGAAAGUGAAUCUGAAAGAAAAGCCUUCAUUGUAGAGCUUCGACAGCUGUCACGAGUGAACCAUCCCAACAUUGUCAAGUUAUAUGGAGCCUGUCUAAACCCAGUGUGUCUUGUUAUGGAGUAUGCUGAAGGAGGUUCUCUAUACAAUGUGCUACAUGGUGCUGAACCUCUGCCUCAUUAUACUGCUGCACAUGCCAUGAGUUGGUGUUUACAGUGUUCCCAAGGAGUGGCAUAUCUCCACAGCAUGAAACCAAAGGCUCUAAUUCACAGAGACCUGAAACCACCAAAUUUGCUCCUGGUAGCUGGGGGGACAGUUCUAAAAAUCUGUGACUUUGGUACAGCCUGUGAUAUUCAAACACACAUGACCAACAAUAAAGGAAGUGCUGCUUGGAUGGCACCUGAAGUUUUUGAAGGUAGCAAUUACAGUGAAAAAUGUGACGUUUUCAGUUGGGGUAUUAUUCUCUGGGAGGUAAUCACCCGUAGGAAACCUUUUGAUGAGAUUGGUGGUCCAGCUUUCCGAAUAAUGUGGGCAGUUCACAAUGGUACUCGACCACCACUGAUCAAAAACUUACCUAAACCAAUAGAGAGUUUAAUGACCCGUUGUUGGUCCAAGGAUCCUUCUCAACGACCAUCCAUGGAGGAAAUUGUUAAAAUAAUGACACACUUGAUGCGGUACUUUCCAGGAGCUGAUGAACCUCUGCAGUAUCCUUGCCAGUAUUCAGAUGAAGGCCAAAGCAACUCUGCCACUAGUACAGGUUCAUUCAUGGAUAUCACUUCUACAAACACGAGUAACAAGAGUGAUGCUAACAUGGAACCAAGUGACUUCCAAGGAGCUUCUACCAAUGACACUAUUAAACGUUUAGAGUCAAAAUUGGCACAACAAAUCAAAAACACAACCAAGCAGCCGGGUGAUCCCGGCCGUUUGAGUUUGCCCCCAUCUCGUGGGAGCAGCGUGGAGAGCUUGUCAGAUGUUCGCGCACGACCACCGUCAGCCCUUGUUUCAGGAGAAGCCAAAAGGAUGAGUGCUGAUAUGUCUGAAAUAGAAGCAAGAAUAGCUUCCAUCACAGCCUAUUCCAAGCCUAAACGAGGCCAUCGUAAAACUGCUUCAUUUGGCAACAUUCUGGAUGUCCCUGAGAUCAUCAUACCAGCAGGAAACGGACAGCAGAGGCGCAGAUCCAUUCAAGAUCUUAGUGUUGCUGGAACAGAGUCCAGUCAGGAGAGUAGAAACAGCAGUAGAUCAUCUAGUCCUAGUGUGAGAAUGAUCACUACCUCGGGACCAACCUCUGAAAAGCCAACUCGUAAUCCAUGGACACCUGAUGAUGCAGAGACCAAUGGGUCAGAUAACUCCAUCCCAAUGGCAUAUCUUACAUUAGAUCAUCAGUUACAGCCUCUAGCACCGUGCCCAAACUCCAAAGAAUCUAUGGCUGUGUUUGAACAGCACUGCAAAAUGGCACAAGAAUAUAUGAAAGUUCAGACAGAAAUUGCAUUGCUGUUGCAGAGGAAACAAGAACUAAUAGCAGAACUGGACCAGGAUGAAAAAGACCAGCAAAACACAUCCCGUCUGGUACAAGAACAUAAAAAGCUGUUAGAUGAAAACAAAAGUCUCUCAACAUACUAUCAGCAAUGCAAAAAACAAUUAGAGGUAAUCAGAAAUCAGCAACAGAAACGACCAGGCACAUCAUGAUUUCCUGGGACCUUUCAAAUGAAAAAUAUGCACAGAAAAGACUGAUUAUUUUUUUUUAAUUGUUAUUAUUAUCCCUUAUUAUGACAGCUCAUGAGUGUUAGCUUCUUGGUGUGAUCUGUACUUGUCUGCUGCACUUAACAUCAUUUAAUUUUCUUUUUCCUAUGGUGGACAUCCAGUUCAACAGGUUAAUCGAAUAAGGUGAGAAAACGAUGACUUGAAUUAACCAACAGCCCUCAAUUUAAAGCAAGAAGAGUGGCUGCUUGCAUGCUCCUUGUGUGAAGGCUAGCCUAACAAGUGUUAAGGAGGCUGCUAAAUUUUAAGAUCUUAUUUUUAGUUUUUGGUGUUACCUCGAUAAGAGCAAAAAAAACCCAAAACUUUCCUGUUUAAGAAUGGUUUUGUUCCAGUGUCUCAUCUCAUACUAUUAUUAUGAUGAUUGUUUUCAAGACUUAAACAGGCUCCAGGCUGCAGAGGUGAUCUUGGCUGACCACAGUAAUUCAUGAUGCAUUAGUGAUGCCUUUUACCUGUAGACAUAGUGUAUUUUUUCCACAUGCAAAAUGGUAGGCAAACUGAUGCCAGCAUCCUUGGUUCAGUGCUUGAUAGCCCUGCAUUUUGACUAAUAUGUUUCUUGUAAUCUUGCUUUCAUAAAAUAUUUGAAGUAAAAGACUGUAUUUUGUUUACUUUCUUGGGGUGAAUGACAUGCAGUUUCGCUUAAUUACCGGGCAAAAGUUAUGAAGGUGAUUCAUUGGGCAGAGUUGGUCCCUUGUGUAAAGAGGAAGAAUCAAAAAUGUGUGAAAGCAUGUUUUAAACCCUUAAAGCUUUUGUCCCUGUAGCAUCUUUGGAUGGAAAUUCAGAAAGAGAAUUAUUACAAAACUUGAAAUACUUGCUCCUUUUAUGUUUUUGCUCCCUUAUUGAUUUUUUUGUUUGUUUUUCUUACAACUUAUUCGCUGAAAAGCAUUUACCAUAAAUGUAAAUAAGUUUGUUUUAGAUAGGGACAGAAAGGUUUGGGGAAAUGAAUUUAUUUUAAAUAGCAAAUUAUGAAAUGGAGUUGAGUGUGCAAAUAGCGGAAGCUAUUAAGAACAUGAGGGAAAUGGCUUAGAUCUCCAUCAGGAAUCUCAGUUAUUCUACUCAUUUGAACAUAGUUCAGAGGAAGUCCAUUACAGAAUGCCUGCUGCCUUUGUGACUGAAGAGUUGCAUUUAACGAACUCAAGCAGAAUAUGUAAUGCUCAGUGUUGUUAUUCACCAUUAUUACAUGGGAGAAAAUAACUGCUUGUUUUACAUUGCAGAUUAAUUACUUGGAUUAUGAAUUAACUGGUACAAAAAUGAGGCACUUCUAAAUAUAAUGAUAAGUUACUCCUUGCAUAAGUUCUUGAGGUACCCAGUUGUGGGCAGGGCUUUAAUAACACUCCUUUGCAAAAGAAAAGUAGAAAAUUGAAGUUUAGCUGUGGAGCCCUCCAAAUAAAAGAAAGGUAAUCUGAAAUUUUACUUGCACUUAUUUCAAAUAAAUGGUUAUUUAUAAGAGCCCAUGAGCAGAACUUGAAAAAACCUUAAGGGUAAAAACUUCACAGUAUUUUCUCUUUUCUUUCCUGCCUACUUCAUAAAAACCAUUAGUACUGUUGUGCUUAUCUGUGAACAGCAAAGAUGAUGAACAAUGUACUAAACAGUGUCAUCCUGUCUUGAAAAUAAAUCUGUUGUUGGCAAACCUUUGGGAGUUA